UUUGUACACAAACCCGGUCGCAAUUUAAAUCAGAAAGGAGAAGGACAUUCUGUGUUAUUUAAAAAAUUUUUUUAUUACUACAGGAGUUUCACGUGAAUGGGGGACAAAUUGUUUCCGGUGCUCGAAGGAAACCCCGACUGGAUGUCGCGGCUCCCGGAAGAGCUGCAUGAUGUCCCUCUAUGGAACCUGGCUUUGCCAGGAAGCCAUGACACCAUGUCUUUCUGCUUGGACAUUUCCUCCCCGGUGCUCAGAUCCGAGUCCUUCCUCCUCAGACUCACCGACCUACUGUUACCCUGCUGUACUCGGCCCUGUAUUUACCGCUGGGCCACAACGCAGCAGUCCAUCCUUGCUGAUCAGGGGGAUCUUGGUAUUCGGUUUUUCGACCUGCGAAUUGCCAAAAAUCCAGCAAGCAGCAGCAACCUCUUCUUUGCUCAUGGGAUCUACACUCUUUUGACGGUUAAGGAAGCUCUGAAGGAACUGGCGAUGUGGUUAGAGGCUCACCCAAAAGAGAUUGUAAUUAUCUCUUGCUCUCAUUUCGACACUAUGACAAAUGAAGAUCAUGUCCAUCUGGUGGAGUUCAUCCAUAUUCUCUUCAACUUGAAGCUCUGUUCCUCAAAGAAUGUUCCCACACUGCGUUCCUGUUGGUCCAAAGGUUACCAGGUCAUAAUUUCUUAUGAUAAUGAGGCGAUGUUGCUGGAGCACCCAGAGCUGUGGAGGGCCAUACCAUACUGGUAUGCUGAUACUCCUAACCCAAAGAAGGUGAUUAGUUAUCUGGAGACACAAAAACUCAAAGGAAGACCAGCUGGUUUUUAUGUCAGCGGCCUGAACCUGACAGAAGAUGCCACGUAUGUUGCUCUUCAUCCCUGCCAGACCAUGAGGAAGAUGACAAUGGAUGCCCUCCCGCUGCUUCUGCGCUGGACAGAGGACCAGCAACCAGGGCCCGAGCCAGACAGAAUCAACAUUGUUUGCUGUGACUUUGUAAAUGUCAGUGAAUUCUGCUCAAUUGUGAUUGGCCUGAACUACAAACUGCCGAAUCUAGACUCUUGCUACUAAGGGUAUAUUCAGACAGGAACCAGAGUUUGUUUUUCCCUAUAAUCUGGAACAAAUUUUCAGUCUGAAUGUGGCCUCUGGUCUGGGACCAGUAAACACUCCCUGACCCACCUGUCCAGGGGAUCUCCGUUAGAUUUCAAUUGGACUUAGCUCCGGCCCCCUCUGAGUUUUUGUCAGUCUGACUAGGCUCUGUGCUUGGAGUGGAACAACUGGACCGUAACUGUGCAUUAAGAGAUGUAAACAGAAUAGGAGGAAAGCGACCAAUGGACCAUGAACAAAUGUGGAGCAACGAUGAAACAGUGACUCAUUGAAAUUUGAUGGAUUAAUGCAGGCUCAUUACAACAACUUUUUAAAGUGAUACACAUUGUUUCUCAACACUGUUUUCCCAACAAUCUAUAUGUCAUAGACAUAUACACCUUCUUAACUGUUGACCUCUCAGCAAAUGUCUUGCAGCAUGCCUUCGCCGUACCAAAGUACCAAGUAAAAAGUGUUCGACCUGGCUUUGUUUACAAGCUUUGUUUCAAAACAGAAAUGUCUGGUUGGAAGGCAGUCUGAAAACAGACCAAAUGCAAGGUUCAGGACUCAAUCUCAGUCAAAUUAACCAGCCUCAGUCUGAAUACACCCUAAAGUAAGUAAGACAGCUGGUUAAUAGAAUUUCCAAUUAAAAAAAUAUAGUUUGCGCCCCUCCAGUAAUUCACAUUGUCUCUAAUUUUAUUUAAUUCCAAAACAAUGAAUUCAUCAGUUAAUCUUAAUCCCUUUUAUGUGAAUUUCCAUAAUUGUAUUUGAAAUUGUUGGAUAAAGCACUGUAUGCUGUUACUAGCAUUGUUCAAAUUUACCUACCGGUAUUUAUGCAACAGUAUGCCUGUAAUCUUGAAAAAACAUGUUUGAACAUUGUAUUAUUGUAUUUUUAUUUAAAAAACAAAACUAAGAAAGCAACAUAGCAAAAAUAUUUUGUCCUUUUUAAAUGUGAAAAGUUAUUUUUCAUGUUAGUAGUAAAGGAAGAAAAACGUAUGUAUAUAUUACCUUGACUAUCUAGUACUAAUUGCCCAACUAUGUAGCCAUAUCCUCCCAGCCUGGUAAAAUACAGGGUUGUGUCAGGAAAGGCAUUCAACUAAAAUUGAUUUGCUUUGGCGAUCCCUGAGGGAAUAUGAAUGACAUACUUGCUAUGUAGCUAAUUCACAACAAACAGUAAGCUUCGCAACAAACAAGCAAAACAAAAAAGCAAAGUUAAGUAAGUCCCUGGAAAUUUGAAAAAUAAAAA